UUGCAGGUUGGUGAUGAAAUUUUGGAUGUGUUGAAUGAAAGUAAGGACGAUUCCACGAUAUUGCAUCGUGACACCCUUCUGGCCGAAAUAAAGCUGAAACUGCAACGGAUGACGAUUCGAUUCAUAGAUGAUUUCGAAAUUUGUAAGAGCGCAAAUACGCGAGUGCUAGCAGUGGAUUUAUGGUGGCUCGCAAGUUGUAUUCACUUGAGCCCACGACGCCAUAGCACUGCUGUAUCGCUCAGCGUCACCGAUAUGAGCUUGCAGAGGCUAUGCACUGUUACAGCGGAAGAUGAUGAAGUCGAUAAAACUCAAGAAGAUGAAGCAGAUCAGCAGGGUGCGGAGUCGUUGAUUUUCGGGUUUGGAAGCGUCAAAGAAACGACGCAAGUUCUGUUCGCAAUUGGGAAAGCAGGGAAGAGCGAAGACGCACCUGAAAGAAAGAAGAGUCGUGUGGAAAAAGCGCUUUUCCGGUAA